GUUGGGUGACUUGAGUUUCUGCAGCGCCACCUGAAUGGACUCAGCUGACACCAGAACCGGGGAGCCCGGCUGUAAGGGAGUUUCAGAGCCGAUUCUUUACAUAGAUACGUUUCCAGCAAAUGUCAGCGAUGUGACUUUUGUUUCUCUCGAGCGGAAAAAGAAAGCCGGAGUGUCGCAGCGCGUUGAGGAGAAAUGAACCGAGCGCAGGUGCUCUGUGUGACGCGUUAAUGAAAGUCUGCUUUGUUUUUAUAUGUUGACAAGAUGGAAGAACCACAGGUUCUGCCGUCAGGAAGCAGCGACAGCAUGUCUUCCUCCUCCAGUUCCCACACAAUCUCCGAGGAGGUGGAGGACACGACUUCUCAGCUGGACAGUAAAGGCUGUCAAAAGUCGGACCGGGAGGACAGUGGACACCGGGGACAAGACGAGACACCAGGGGAAGAGGACGAAAAGCUGGACAACAUCCUCAAGCCACCUUCUGCAUCCCUCAGGAAGUUCAGUAAUCCUGAGCUGACUCACGGAUUAAGUCCUGCUUUUAAACUGAAACUGCAUCUCAGUGAAGAUGGAAAAAACCUUCGUCGGAGGAGUCUUGGUGGUGGACUAUCAGGAAAGUAUCUGCUGCUGCUCCCCAACCUCCAGAUGACACAGAUGGCACUGCAGCCAUCACCUGAAACCUCAAACCUGGUUCGUAUGCGAUCCCUACACCUCGGAAUCCUCACUCCUCGAAGCUUGAGCCCCACUCCAACUAGUCCUUGCAGCCCGUGCAGCCCACUGCACGCAUUUCAUUUCUGGAGUUGUAGAACAAGCAACAGAAAAAGCCUGAUUGGAAGUGGCCAGUCGUCAGGUUUACCUCGACCUCACUCUCCCCUCUCAUCUCUGGCAGGAACAAGUCCACAAGACAGCCCUAGAAACUUCUCUCCCAGUGCCUCUUCUCAUUUCUCCUUUGCACGAAGAGCUGAUGGUCGCCGAUGGUCUUUGGCAUCUCUUCCCUCCUCUGGAUAUGGAACCAACACACCCAGCUCUACAAUCUCUUCAUCCUGUUCAUCACAGGAGAAGCUGCACCAGCUGCCCUUCCAGCCAACACCCGAUGAACUUCACUUUCUCUCCAAGCACUUCUGCACUGAAAGCAUCGCUGGGGAUGAAUGUCACAGAACGACGACAAUGCGACCCCGCUCACGCAGCCUCAGCCCUGGAAGAUCUCCAUCAUGUUACGACCAUGAAAUCAUCAUGAUGAAUCAUGUGUACAAGGAACGCUUUCCUAAGGCCACGGCUCAGAUGGAAGAGAAGAUUCAGGAAAUCAUCCACAGCAACUCUCCAGAGAGCUUCCUCCCUUUAGCAGAUGGUGUGCUCGGAUUUGCCCACCAUCAGAUCAUUGAACUGGCCCGAGACUGUCUGGAAAAGAGCCGUCUAGGACUCAUCACCUCCAGCUACUUCUGUGAACUCACUGACAAGCUGGAGAGGCUCGUUCAAGAGUCCACAGAGAGGUCAGAGAGCGAGGAGGUGAACUUCAUCAAAGAGGUGGUAAAGAAGAUCCUCAUAGUGAUAUCACGACCUGCCCGCCUGUUGGAAUGUCUGGAGUUUGAUCCAGAGGAGUUUUACUACCUUCUGGAGGCGGCUGAAGGACAUGCCAAGGAGGGUCAGGGCAUCAAAACGGACAUCCCUCGUUACAUCAUCAGUCAGCUGGGACUUACCCGAGAUCCCAUGGAAGGAAUUGCUCAGCUGACCAGUUGUGACAGUGGUAUUGCAGAAACCCCAGAAACGGACGACUCUUCCCACAGCCUCAGUUCAGCUCUUCGUUCUAGGAGAAAACCCUGUGAAUUUGACUUUGAGAUGAUAAAACUCAUCAGUAACGGUGCCUACGGAGCUGUUUAUUUAGUUCGACAUAAGGAAACAAAGCAACGAUUUGCCAUGAAAAAAAUCAACAAGCAGAAUCUGAUGCUGAGAAAUCAGAUCCAGCAGGCUUUUGUGGAAAGAGACAUCCUGACCUUUGCUGAGAACCCUUUUGUUGUGUCCAUGUACUGCUCCUUUGAGACACGGCGCCACCUGUGCAUGGUGAUGGAGUAUGUUGAAGGAGGAGACUGUGCCACCCUUUUGAAGAACAUGGGCCCGCUGCCUGUGGAUAUGGCCAGGAUGUAUUUUGCAGAAACCGUUCUGGCUCUGGAGUAUCUUCACAACUACGGCAUUGUCCACAGAGAUCUCAAACCUGACAAUCUGCUGGUGACUUCAAUGGGACACAUUAAGUUGACCGACUUUGGUCUCUCUAAAGUUGGACUGAUGAACAUGACCACCAACCUCUAUGAGGGCCACAUAGAGAAAGAUGCCAGGGAGUUCUCUGACAAGCAGGUUUGUGGAACACCAGAAUACAUUGCACCAGAGGUGAUCCUGAGACAGGGCUAUGGGAAACCGGUGGACUGGUGGGCUAUGGGCAUCAUCCUUUAUGAGUUCCUUGUAGGAUGUGUCCCGUUUUUUGGAGACACACCAGAGGAGCUGUUUGGACAGGUCAUCAGUGCUCGCUCUGAGAGAUACCAUCACCUGGAGACUGAGGAAGAUGACACGAAUGAUGAAGACUUCAGCGUGGAUCUGCGGCAGUUCUCCUCUUGCUCUCAUAGAUUCUCUAAGGUUUACAGCAGCCUGGAUUUGUCUCGCGGACAUCUGGAGGAGAAAGGAGAGAUGGAAGAGAAGAAAACUGAGAGCCCACUGACUGUGGACUCCCUCAGCUGGACACCAGAAUUUCCUGAAAUGCCCUCGCUGUCACUAUCAACAGACAUGGAGAGCACAAACCAGCGUCCUCGUCCAAGUUUGUUACCAAAGUUUGCCAUCUCUGCUGAGAAUGAAGGUGACGACACAUCAGGCCUCAGUGAUCCCAGCAAGGUGUCCUUAUCUGUUGGAGAGCUUCCCCAAGAUGAACCUGACGCCACCACACCUGGCAGCACCCGCAGCAAUGCCACGCUUUCUGGAAGUUUCUCUGACCAUCUGGACCAGCUGACGUGCAGAGGUGAGGGUGCAGAGAUCCCCGACAAUAACAGUCACUCCUCCACCUACCAGGAGCCUCAGCCAAUGUCUCUGCGACCAGAGAACGCUGUAGAGAAGACUGAAGCUGUGGCAAAAGUCUCUAAAUCUGUUUCAACUGGAGCCCUUUCUUUAAUGAUUCCAGGGGAUGUUUUGGGGGCAUCUCCUCUGGCCAGCCCGUUGUCUCCUCACUCCUUCUCCUCAGACCCAUCCUCGAGGGACUCUUCUCCAAGCAGAGACUUUUCUCUCUGCGGUGCCAACCCACGGCAGCCCGUUGUCAUCCACAGCUCCGGGAAAAAGUUUGGCUUCACAUUGAGGGCGAUCCGUGUGUACGCUUGUGACAGUGACAUCUAUACCGUCUAUCACAUGGUCUGGAAUGUGGAGGAUGGCGGGCCAGCAAACAAAGCGGGACUCGAAGCUGGAGACCUGAUUACUCACGUGAACGGAGAACCGGUUCAUGGUCUGGUUCACACUGAAGUGGUGGAGCUCCUGCUAAAGAGUGGUAACAAAGUGACCAUCUCUACGACUCCUUUUGAAAACACUUCUAUUAAAACUGGCCCAGCCCGAAAGAACAGCUACAGGAGUAAGAUGGUGAGAUGUGGCAAAAAGUCCAAAAAGGAGAAGACCCCAGAAAGGCGGCGCUCCCUUUUCCGACGUUUUGCCAUGCAGCCCUCCCCCCUGCUUCACACUAGCCGCAGUUUCACCUCCCUCAGUUACUCUCUGUCAUCUGGUGAGAGUCUUCCUGGCUCCCCCACCCACAGUCUCUCCCCCCGUUCCCCCACUGCUGCCCUGCGAACAGCACCAGAUUUCACUGUGUCAGGUGGUAACUCGUCUCAGAGCAGCUCUCCCAGCUCCAGCGCUCCAAACUCCCCCGCAGGUUCUGGCCACGUUCGACCCAGCACUCUGCACGGUCUCGGCCCCAAGCUGCCGGGUCAGAGGCUUCGACAGGGGCGUCGCAAGUCUGCCGGCAGCAUUCCACUGUCUCCUUUAGCACGCACACCUUCACCCACUCCCCAGCCAACAUCUCCUCAGCGCUCUCCGCCUCCCCUCCUCAGUUCUGUACCAAUUUCCAAGACGACCCAACCUUUCCCAGCCAAAAUACACUCCCCUCCCACAAUUGUGCACCACAUUGUCUGCCCCAAAAGUGCCGAUCCACCUCGCUCACCACUCCUGAAGCGUGUUCAGUCUGAGGAGAAGCUUUCCUCAUCCUACACGGGAGACAAGAAGCAUCUUUGUCCCAGAAAACACAGCUUAGAGGUGACCCAAGAAGAGGUGCAGGACGAGGAGCUGACAAGUGGGGAGCGGGAUCACAACGUACUGCAGAGUGUGGAUGAAACGAGCAAUGAGCAUCUGGCAACCCACCGCAUACGACCUGUUGAGCAGGGUUGUUUAAAGAGGCCCAGCAGUCGUAAGGUGGGACGGCAAGAGUCUGUGGAGGAGCUCGAUAAAGACAAACUGAAGUUUAAGAUGGUUGUGAGGAGAAAAGAUUGGACAGAGAGGAGGGAGUCUCUGCAGAAGCAGGAUGCCCUGCAUGAUUCUGACUCAAUGCCUCUGUGUACUGAUGAGAGGGAAGAAGGAUUUUUGUUUCCAAUCCAAAACAAAACCCAGUGCAGCCCAGAGUCUUGCUCUCUGGAAACCAAAGCUGCUAGCACAACCCUUAAAGAUGUUUUGUACAAAAAACUGUCCACACGAGUCUCUGAAGCCAGCAGUGAGCCAUCUUCUGGCAGCUGUGAGGGUGAAGGAACCAUCCGAUCAGCAUCCUGCUCCGUUUCCACUGAGCGCCAGCUCUCUCGACUCAGUAAAGACUGCAUUAAUCCAGACAGACUGGACUUCAAAGCUCCCAACAUCGAGUUCACUAGAAAGAGGUUGUCAUUCGAAGAAAGAGAAGACCGCAUGUGCCGGUUGUCAUCUGGCCUCCAUGAGAACCUCCACUUUGGCUCCAAGAGGUCCAAGAGUCUCCAGCUGGACACAGACGUGUCUCAUGACCACAAGGGGAGUCUUCACUUGUGUCCUGAAGGUCUGCCUCCUAAACUUUUCUCGGGGAGAGGAGAGAGUGCUGUGGAAAAACUGCAGCUCAUCUCAGCUGAGGCUCCACUAAGAAAAACAUCAUCCGAGUACAAACUGGAGGGACGCCAUGUUUCCUUACUCAAACCUCUGGAGGGUACCCUGGAUAUUGGUUUGCUUUCAGGACCAAGAGUCUCCAAAACAGAAACAUGCUUGUCUAAGAUGAUUGACAACACAAGCAGCACCGUCUCUGUGAGUCCAUCAAUCUGGCUCAAAAGCCCAACGGAGAAACAGAUCACCAUCCCUCAUCUUAAAUCAUCUGACAAGAUGAGAAGCUUCACCUGUUCGCUAAGCUCUGAAGCAGUUUCUUCUUUAAACGGUGCAGUUGUUUCUAAAGAGCAGUCAGCGAAUGCAGCCAUAGAUAUUCAAAUUAAUGGAGGCGGUAAGAAGACACAGGACAAACACAGAGAACCAUUAAAGGCUUCAGUGGAAACCUUCACUGUCAAACAGGAGAGCCGGCCUGGUGUGAAGGCGGCGUCCUCCUUGGUUCAUCGACAUAGCUCCCAGUUCUCCGCUGGGAAAACGCCCUCCAUACGGGAAGUGAGCAAUGAAGAUCAGGAGGAUGAAGCAGAGCAGCAGGAAGUCUCAUCAGACACGUCACAAAACACCAACAGCAACAAAAUGUCUUUGAUUUCAGCAGAACUGGAGCUUCAGCAGCUCAGGAAGGAACAACAGUCAGAUGUUUCUUCUGCACCAGGUCCACUUUUGGUGACACUAAAACCUGCAAUGAAAAAAGGCACCCACUCACCCAGUGGAGCCACUUCAGGCCAGUUGUCCAGCUGUGAGUCUCUGGACAAGGCGUCCAAAGACCCGCUCAAACUAGAGAGUCACAAGAUCCCAGACACCCAAGUGUCACCCCGCAGCAACCAGCCGUUCUGCGGCAGGAAGGAGCAGGCUGAUAAGAAGAAAAAAGAUGCAGUUCAAGAAAACACGUCGGCACAGAAACCCAUAAAAAAAGAUUCACCCAGAGCUUCUCCCUCUGCUCCCAAAGACACGUCCAACAAAGACGGCAGCAGGAGCAAGAAGCAGGAGUCACCACGAAGCUCCUGUAACAAAAAGUGA